AUGUUCGCAGAACCUCUAGUUUAGAAAUCCAAAAUAAUAAAAUCAGCUGGAGAUCCUGUAGGUUUUGAGUAAGAAAUCAAAUACCUAUAUGAGUUUUUGAAAACACCUAAUAAAGAAAUAGACUUGGAAAUUCAAGUCGCUAAUUUAGAUAAUUUGGAGAAAUCUUUAAGUUUAAAAACUGAUAUUUUACAUAUUAUUUGUCACGGUGAUUUUUCUUAAUAAGAAUAAAAAUACUACCUUUCAUUCGAAAAUGAGAACUCUGAAUUAGAUACUAUAACAAACCUUAUUUUAGGAAAAACAAUAUAAUAAGCAUUCGAGUCUGCCAGCUUAACACUUAAAUCUAAACUUCAUGACAAUUGUUAUACUUGCUGUUGUGCACAUAAACAUUCUAAUGAUUGCGAAUGGCAAUAAUAUGCUAUGGAUAAUGGAUACACUAAAGCACAUCUAUUACAUUAGUAGUUAAUGGAAUUAAGACUUUUUGGAAGAAAUGAAGAAAUUUAUUAAGUUUACAAGGCUUUAAAUAAAUUAGAUUAAGAACAUAGAAUUGUAGUAGUUUAUGGAAAUAAAGGAAGUGGAAGAACUGCUUUAGCUAGCAAAUGUGCAAGAACUACAACCUUUGACUGA